AUCGCCAGCGGGUUCGGGAUGCGGUGGGACCGCAUGCACGCGGGCGUGGACGUCGCCGCGAACGAGGGGACGCGCAUACGCGCCGCCGCGCGAGGAAGGGUGUACGAGCGGACGUACGACGAGACCGGGUACGGGUGGCUGCUGAAGAUUGACCACGGCGAGGGAUGGUCGACGAGGUACGCGCACUGUCAAAAGAUCGAGGCGCAGGUCGGGGACGUCGUUCGCGCGGGGCAGUGCGUCGCGACGGUGGGGAACACCGGGCGGAGUUUCGGGCCGCAUCUGCACUUCGAGGUGAGGAGAGGCGGGGAGGCGAUCGAUCCGCUG